AUGGAGACGACUCAAGAUGGCCUCCACUCUGGCGAGCCCUGCAAGCCACGGCCAAACGCCAAGCGGAGAUUCCGGCCAAAGACAAAGACGGGCUGCCAGACGUGCAGGGUCAGGAGAGUGAAGUGCGAUGAGGCAAAGCCGUCCUGCAACCGCUGCCUGUCCACGGGCCGCGUUUGCGAUGGAUACACAUCCAUAUUCCAAGUUGUAACCGUCGGACCAUCGCCACCAGCGAUCACGGCUCAGAGCUCCCCGCCAGCAUCUCUGUCCAUAUACCAGCCAGGAGCGUCCACUGUUUCCGUGGACGAGAUCAACAGUCUAGCACACAGCUUCACUGCCAAAUACAAUCAUCGCAACAUCGGCUAUCACACCGAGGCCCGCACUAUACCCACCAAGCUAUCGGAUCCAGCCAUCCGACACGCUCUUAUUUCUCUCCAAUCUCUACACCAUGAGUUUGAUGCGCGGCAACAGCGCUACAGCCAUGACGACGGGAAUGGCGGGCUCGUCCGUAUCCAUCACGGCUUAGACGCCUACAACACCUCAGUCACAAGCCUCGCGUCCCGCCUAGGAACCAGCCCAACCCACGAGUCCGUUUGCGCGGCGCUGUUGUGUUGCCAAAUGUUCAUCAGCAUAGAGACGAUGCUCGGCAACUACACUGCUGGCAUGAGGCACUUCAUAUACGGGCUCCGUAUCAUGCAUCAGUAUCGUGCACGUCCCACGGUAAAUCUCAAUGGCCAGCUGGAACCGUGCAACAACGUGCCUCUUCCUGCUUUGGACUGUUUCCUGAUCAAACUGUUCGCUUCGGGCCGCCCUGAUGCCAAGCCGAUGCCAAUCAACAGGGCAUCCGACACUAACACAGGCCUUUUCGAUAUCUCAUUACAAGAACAGUCUCGCGGUGAGCUAGCCGCGCUCUCGUCGCAGGUAUUGGAGUUCUUGGACCAGGUCUCCCGUAUGCAGACAUCUCGCCAGGUCUCAGACUUGGAAGUCUCCAAGUCCCACAUCCUCGCCCGCCUCGAAUCCUGGGACUGGAUGUAUACCCAAUCACUGAGAACCCUUCUAGUUGCCCACCAGAUGCCUGUGGGGUUGAAAUUUGGCGCGAUAUUUACAUUGCUGCUGCAUGGCGUCUUGAAGGUUGUGGUGAGUUUGGCCAUGAGCAGCUCGCCGGCAGACCUGGACAGAGUAGACACGGAUUUCCAGAAUCUCACAAACAUUUCGAAUGCCGCGACGGAGGCGAAGAAAGCCGCGGCUGGUAGGGUCAUAUGA